AGCAGAGGUUAAAAAAACCCACCAGCUUAGCUUUGCUAGCUAACUUAGUUAGCUUAGCAGUUUGCAUAGGAUAACACAGUUAGUAGUAGCACAUUAUCAAACAUAUUCAAGAAAUUAAUUAAGCAAACACCUAAAUUCUGCACACUUUAGCUAGCUAGAGUUUACUUUAAGCUCCAGAGUCUUCAGUAGAGGGUUUUGUGGAGCUAACCGGCUGUAUUAGCUGUGUUUAUUAGUGUUUCUGUUGAUUCUGGUAACAACAGGUCGCCUAGAGACCCUGUGUGGACACCAGCAGCAGCAGCAGUUAGUCAUGGAGCUGAUUCACAGAGCAGACAGCAGCUUUAUAACACUGGAUGAUGAGGCUCUUUCACAAGAAAUUGAGGAAAUCCAACGGUAUUCACUGGGGAAUCAGCUGAGGACAGGCCUCUUUGGUCAAGAUGCCUCAGUCCAGACAGACGUGUCCGAGCUGCCGUUGGUCAAACGUCUUUCUGAAGAAACCGCAGAACUUGUCAUGGGGAUGGAGACUUUGAAGGAAGAUGCUGCAUCAAAAGUGAAGUUGGUCGAGGCUCACUAUGAGACCAGGCUGCAGCAAGAGGCUGAGGAUUUCUACACCAGUAUUAAUUGCAAGGUCAAAGCUUUGGAGAAUCACUAUGAAGAGAAAAUAACUGUCCUGCGGAACAGCUAUCGCCAGCAGCUGUCUGACGCAAUAGAAGUAAUCAAAGCUAGUUAUAAGAAUAACGGCAUGAAGUAUGAUGAUGUGGUGGAGGCUGUACCUGCUGACAAGGCACGUGUGCAAGACCUCUUAAAAGAACUCCAGGAAAAGGAAUCUAAAAUCGAGAGUCUGAAAGAGCAGCUAAAGGAGAACCAAAGUAACAGCUCCGAGCCUGCAGAUGAUCCGGAGAAAGCCUGGCUGAGGACAGAGAAUGCCAAACUGAAUGACAUUGUUGAUGCCUUGCACGUCGAGAUGGAACAAAUGCAGCACGCUCUGGAGGCCAAAGAUCAGAGGCUGGAGGAUUUGGCUUUGGACAUUUCGCAGCUUAAGUCAAAGGCAGAAUAUGACACAAAAGCCCUGCAGAAGGUGGUCUGUGAAAACGAGAAGCUAAAGGUACAGUUGGAUGCUGAGAAGGAAGAAGGAAGAAAGCAGAUGGCCCAGCUUCAGCAAGAAAUGGAAAAAGAGAUUGAGUUUAUUAAAAUGUCACAGUCACAAAAAGAGAAACUGGCAGCUGAGAGACUGGCAGAGCAGGAGAGGCACGGUGCUCAGGAGGCCAAGCUGAAUGCCCAGAAAGCCCAGAGAGCAGCUGCCCAAGUGGAGCUGGAUUCAAAGGACAGGGCUCUAGCUGAAGAACUGGAGAAGCUGAGGAAUGAAGAGAAAUCACAGAAGCAGCACAUUGACAGGUUACAAAAGCAGAUAGCUAUGAUCAGUCGAGCGUGGGAAAAGAAGUUUGAAAUUCUCCAACAGAGCUUUCAUGCCAUUAAGGAUGAAAUGUUCUUGAGGCAGAGCCUUCAGCGCCAAGCAGCUGUACUGCACCAGGCCUCGGUUCGCUACACUAUGGAUGCUCUUGUCACACAUCAAGGCCAGAAUCCAGCAGAAGCUAGUGUUAAAACAGCUACUCUCCCCACUAAAGCUCCUCUGCCCUCAAUAGGAGCAACAGAGCGAAUAAAGCGGAAGACAGUGGACAUCCAUGUGCCGUGUGGACAGAUAAAGGCUUCUUCCACUACAGCCUAGUAUCAGCCACCAGUCUGUCGUAACGACGUGGAGGAGGGGAUGGAACAGAUUUCCUCUUCUUAUUGUGACAAAAAGAAGACUUGUGUGGGGAAAUAUGGGGUUCAAUUUUGUAAUUUUGUAUAGAUUCAGAUCACCUUUGACAGCCUAAUGUUACAUUACUGAGGUCCUGCAACCAGUGGCCCUACGUUUCUUACCUAACACUCUAUCGCGCUGUCCCAACAGGACGAUACUGCUACCAUCUCAAGAGCUUUCGCUGAGGACACAGAUGCUACGUCAUGGACAGCCACAUCAGCAGACUUGGUGACCCUAAUUAAAUGUGUAAACUGCUAGAAAUAUUUAAGCUGCAUGGGAUGGAUUAUCACAGGACAUUAUUAAGAACCUCUACAAUUCUGUUCCGAGAUGUCUGGCGUGUUGCGUUACACAUGCAUUACAAUACUACUUCUAUAUGUGUGACUUAUUGUUUCUGGUAAUCUUCAUAUUCCUUCUGAAUAGUAUUACAAUCCAACACUUCCUUCUGUGUGCAACAAUUUUUGAUAAUCAGUGUACAUAUGUGUAUCCCAUUCAAUGUUAUUAUAAAGCAGGGGUAGGUGUUUUGUUUAAUAAUUCAUAAAAAUAGAAUACGGUAACCUUUCACAUUUUUAAUUUUUUUUAUCAUUAUUAACUUCAUAGUUGUGAUUAACUACAUUGACAUAAUCCGAUCUAAUUUAGUUGCAUUAAAUGCAACAAAUGCAGCAAAAAAAAAUAAGAGACCACUUCAGUUUCUGACUCUUCUCUGAUUUUGCUAUUUAUAGGUUUAUGUUUGAAUAAAAUGAACAUUGUUUUAUUCUAUAAACUACGGACAUUUCUCCCAAAUUCCAAAUAUAAAUAUUGUCAUUUAGAGCAUUUAUUUGCAGAAAAUGA